CCAAAAUAAAGAGUUAUCGAUCAACAGCAAGAUUUUCUUGUACAAAUUUAUGGAUUUCUAAGGCGAUUUUCAACCUGAUCCCGUGGCAAAUGGAGCAGCUUAUUCCAGUUAUCAAUAAGCUACAAGAUGUUUUUAACACUGUAGGUUCAGAAACCAUCCAACUGCCGCAAAUUGUCGUUAUUGGAACUCAGAGUAGUGGCAAGAGUUCUGUGUUGGAGAACAUCGUUGGAAGAGAUUUUCUACCAAGAGGUUCUGGAGUUGUAACAAGAAGGCCCUUAGUGCUCCAACUUGUUCAUGUGCCAUCAAGAAAGCCAUCAAAGAAAACACCUAUUAAYUCUAAAAGUCAUAAAGAAAAGAUGACUCCAGAUGAAGAAAAAGCUGAAAAUGGUCAGGAAAAAUAUUAUAGUGGCGAUGAAGCAGGAGAGGAUGAAGUUGACGAAGAAGAUGAYGAGGAUGAUAAUGAUGAACCAGAAGAGUGGGGAAAGUUCUUGCAUUUGAAAGAAAAAAAAUUUAUAGAUUUUGAUGAUAUACGAGAUGAAAUUGAGAGGGAAACUGAGCGAGUAACAGGAAGCAACAAGGGCAUUUCUAAUAAACCUAUCAAUUUGAAGAUCUAUUCCCCUAAAGUUGUAAACCUGACGUUGGUUGAUUUACCAGGGGUUACUAAGGUACCAGUUGGCGAUCAACCUCAUGACAUAGAGCAACAGAUUAGGCUUCUUAUUUUACAAUAUAUCAGGAACCCUAACUCUAUAAUCCUUGCUGUCUCACCUGCAAACAUUGACCUGGCAACAUCAGAGGCUUUGAAAAUUGCUAAAGAGGUUGACCCUGAAGGUCAUAGGACUCUAGCAGUUUGCACUAAGUUGGAUUUAAUGGAUCAUGGUACCGAUGCUCUUGAGAUACUAUAUGGAAGAGUUAUUCCUGUCAARCUUGGAAUAAUAGGUGUCGUCAACCGUAGUCAAUUAGACAUCAAUAAUAAAAAGUCAAUACAAAAAGCCUUAAAAGAUGAAGGUUCCUUCUUUGCCAAACAUUAUCCAACACUAGCUUCAAGAAAUGGUACACCUUACUUAGCUAGGACACUGAAUAAGCUACUGAUGCACCAUAUACGAAAUUGUCUGCCAGAGUUAAAGUCUCGUGUGAAUAGCAUGAUUUCCCAGUACAAUCAUUUAUUACAAAGCUAUGGGGAACCAGUCAAGGACAAGGGUACAUGUCUUUUACAACUAAUCACAAGAUUUGCGGCAUCGUAUUGUUCAAUAAUUGAAGGAACAGCCCGCGACAUUGAGACCUCUGAACUAUGUGGUGGUGCUAGAAUAUGUUACAUUUUUCAUGAUAUCUUUGGACGAACAUUGACCAACACCGAUGCUAUGGAAGGACUAUCAACGAGAGACAUACUCACAGCUAUUAGAAAUGCUACGGGUCCGAGACCAGCCUUGUUUGUACCUGAAAUAUCCUUUGAGUUACUGGUCAAACGGCAAAUUAGACGACUUGAAGAACCAAGUUUACGCUGUGUGGAACUCGUUCACGAAGAAAUGCAAAGGAUUAUACAACACUCUUUUCAACAGGUCAUGGAAAUUAAGAGAUUCCCCAAGCUACAUGACAGAAUUGUAGAAGUUAUUAUCGAGUUGCUACAAAGAAGACUUGAUCCUUGCAAUGACAUGGUGGAACAUUUGGUAUCUAUUGAGCUGGCCUACAUCAACACYAACCAUCCAGACUUCACKGACGGAGCUGCUUUAGUUUCAUCUGUUGUACACAAUCAAGAAAUGGACCGUAGGCGAAGACUCAAAGCAGCUCAAGCCAGCUUAACUAAUGGACCAUUAGAGGGUGUAAGAUCRCAGUCUUCUACACCAGUUGGUAGUCCAGUCCACGCCCCAAACCGUGACCACAAAGAGGAGGAAAAUAGUACUAAUCCUAGUAACCCAGCAGACARCACCGGUGGUUUUAUGUCCUGGAUGCCCGGCAUAAGAAGCUCUAAGGCUGCCGAUCAGUCUGUCAGUGAAGUGGCCAAACAAACAACUGUUUCUACGGAUUUUCCCAGCUCUCUUCGUCAAAGAGGAUUGACUGAAAGAGAGCAAAUGGACUCUGACAUCAUYAGGAAAUUGAUAGUUUCAUAUUUCAAUAUCGUAAGGAAAUCUAUUCAAGACAGUGUACCAAAAGCAAUUAUGUGCUUUCUUGUCAAUUACGUUCAAGAGAAAAUCCAAAGUGAAUUGGUUGAAAAACUUUAUAAGAGUGAAGAAUUCAACGUGCUUUUAGAAGAAUCUGAGCACAUGCAUGUGAAGAGAAGAGAGGCGUCUGAAAUGCUUAAGGCGCUUCAGCGAGCUGGACAGAUAAUAAGUGAGAUACGAGAUACGCAUGUGUGGUAAUAUCUUUUUGGCUAUUCAAGGCAUUUCAAACUAUACCUGUUCUACUAKAAAUAUUAGCUUCAAUACAGAAUAUUGCGAACUGUUGUAACUGUAUAAUCUGUCAAACAAACAAAGGAAUAAAAUCAAAUKAAAUAUUGCUGAGGGUUAAA